UGUCCACCUCGACGGCGCCAUCUUGGCCGACCAUACGGUGAUACAGGAAGGUUGUGAAGUGUUCAGUGCGUUCCGGUUCCCUGAGAGCACACGGAACAGUCUAAUAGUUUUUUAAAGCAGAAGACACUCAGCGGACCAGAGGAAGAGGAAAAAAAAAAAACACACCAGGAAAUGGCGACGGGAGCAAACGCAACCCCGCUGGGGAAGCUGCACCCGAGUAUCGGCGCUAAGCGGGGCUUCGACUCGGGGCCCGGUGCUGGCUUAAUGCCUCCGCCGGGGCCUCCGGCCUCUUUCCCGCUCCAAAACUUUCAACAGAUGCCGGGUGCCGCUUUCCCAGGAUUUCCCGGGGCUGCUGGUCCAUUUCCAAACCCACCCAUGUCCGGAGUGCAGUCUCAGUGCGGAGAUAUGAGUCUAAAGAAGAGGAAAAGGAGUCGUUGGAGCAGUGAGACCCCCGAUCAGAAGACGAUCAUCCCGGGAAUGCCCACCGUCAUCCCUCCUGGCCUUACUCGCGAACAGGAGAGAGCUUAUAUAGUCCAACUGCAGAUCGAAGACCUGACUCGUAAACUGCGUACAGGAGACCUGGGAAUCCCUGUUAAUCCUGAGGACAGAUCCCCUUCUCCUGAGCCGAUCUAUAACAGCGAGGGAAAGAGGUUGAACACACGUGAGUACCGCACUCGCAAAAAACUGGAAGAAGAGAGACAUUCACUCAUCACUGAGAUGGUUGGGCUGAACCCUGAAUUUAAGCCCCCUGCUGACUAUAAGCCUCCAGCCACCAGAGUCAGUGAUAAAGUGAUGAUCCCACAGGACGAGUAUCCAGAAAUCAACUUUGUUGGACUUCUCAUUGGACCACGUGGCAACACGCUGAAGAACAUUGAGAAAGAGUGCUGUGCUAAGAUUAUGAUCCGUGGAAAGGGUUCUGUUAAGGAGGGCAAAGUGGGCCGCAAGGAUGGACAGAUGCUCCCAGGAGAGGAUGAGCCUUUACAUGCCCUUGUCACUGCCAACACAAUGGAGAACGUCAAGAAGGCUGUAGAGCAGAUACGUAAUAUCCUAAAGCAGGGUAUUGAGACUCCAGAGGAUCAGAAUGACCUAAGGAAGAUGCAGCUGCGGGAGCUGGCCCGACUGAACGGCACUCUGAGAGAGGACGACAACAGGAUUCUGCGGCCGUGGCAAAAUUCUGAGCCUCGUAGUAUUACCAACACUACCCUGUGCACAAAAUGUGGAGGAGCUGGACAUAUUGCCUCUGACUGCAAGUUCACUAGUACUUAUACCCCGAGGCAAGGUGAUCCACCCCAGUCAGCUCAGGAUAAGGCCCGUAUGGAUAAAGAGUAUUUGUCUCUGAUGGCUGAGCUGGGAGAGGCACCCGUUUCAGCAUCUGGUGGUGGACAUAACCAGCCCAGUGGCCCCAGAGGAUCCGGGCCGAAUACCAACCAGCCACCUCCAAACCGUCCUCCCUGGAUGAACUCGGGCCAUUCAGAUAACAGGAACUACCAUGCCAUGCAUGGUGGUCCUGGUGGUCAUGGAGGUCCCCACAACUUUCCCCCUCCCAUGCCCAACAUGGGUGGACCACCCAUGCCUCCUAACCCUAAUGGCAUGCCCCCACCUUGGAUGCAGCCACCCCCUCCACCCAUGGGCCAGGGCCCAUCUCCUCAUGGACACCCAAUGGGUUUGUUGCCUCCACCUAUGGGCAUGAUGCCGCCUCCUCCACCUCCACCAAACAAUCAGCCACCUCCACCACCAUCUGGGCCUCUUCCACCAUGGCAACAGCAGGCUCCACCCCCUCCACCCACCAGCAGCAUGGCAACCAGUGCCCCACUGCCAUGGCAGCAGAAUACCACUACCACUUCCACCCCCUCUACAGGCAACCUGCCACCAUGGCAGCAACCUCAGCCAGUAGCAAGCUCUGCUGCUCAGCCCCCUCCUCCAAUGGGAAACCCCUCCAUGGUGCCCCCUCCUCCUGGAGUUCAGCCCCCGCUGCCACCUGGUGCGCCACCUCCUCCCCCUCCCCCACCCCCAGGCUCAGCGGGCAUGAUGUAUGCACCCCCUCCACCUCCUCCACCCAUGGACCCCAACUUUGUUACCAUGAUGGGAAUCCCAGGAAUGCCUCCAUUCGGGAUGCCACCUGCUCCACCUCCCCCACCACCCCAAAAUUAAAUACCCCCAUGUCAACCACAUGAUAAAAGCUGGAGGACAACAUGACUUGGUUCUACUGGAUGUAUGUUAAUGCAAGAGGAAAAAAAGCUGAUGUGGUUGAAAUGUGUACAUUUGCUUAACUUAAUUUGUUUCAGAUUUUAAAUUUGUAAUGUUUGCUCAGUAGAGUUUUGUUUUGGUUUUGUGCAGGGGAAUGGUUUGUGUUUUCAGGGCCUUCAUUUCAUUGGUUGGCCCAAAUUUUAGUGCUAAAUGACAUUCCAGACCACAGUAAUUGAACAGUUAAAAUAAGCAUCUUUUUUUAUUAUUAUUCAUUCAAAAAUCAGAUGGUUUCAUCUCUAAUGAAUCAAGAAUGUUUUGCAUCCAAAAGCUUUCUUUUGUUUAUUCAUGUGUUGUCUGAGUAUUUUUGUAAUGCUGACUUCAGCUAAAUAAAAGUUGAAAUGGCCUCACAUUUA